AACGGGGGCGGGGAGAUGUCGUCACUUCCUGGAGAUGAGGGGGCGGGCCCAAGGGGCCGCCGUGUAGCGCCGCCCCCGCCCUGGAGGCCGCAGCGGCCGCUCCGUCCCUUCGGCAGCCCGAGCGCGGGGACCCGGCCCGGCCGAGCAUGUCCAGGCCCCCGCUGCUGCCCGCAGCCGGACGGAUGGCGGCCGCCUCAGCGCCGGCCCGCGGUGAACUGCCGGCAGCGGCCGCGCCGAGGGCCGGCUGAGGACAGGCCUCUGUGCCGCUGGGAUCCUCCCUCGCUCCGGGCACGGCCGCGUUCCGCCUCGCCGCCGUCAUGAACGGGCUGUCCGUCAGCCAGCUCUGCUGCCUCUUCUGCUGCCCGCCCUGCCCCAGCCGCAUCGCCGCCAAGCUGGCCUUCCUGCCGCCGGAGCCCACCUACGCCGUGGUGCCCGAGCCGGAGCCCGUGGGCAGCACCAGCACCAGCUCCCUGCGCGGCGGUGCCGCGGGCCGCUGGAAGCUGCACUUGAAGGACCGGGCGGAUUUCCAGUACUCCCAGCGGGAGCUGGACAACAUCGAGGUGUUCGUCACCAAAAGCAGCCGAGGGAACCGUGUCGGCUGCAUGUACGUCCGCUGCGUGCCCGGCGCCAGGUACACGGUGCUCUUCUCGCACGGCAACGCCGUGGACCUGGGGCAGAUGAGCAGCUUCUACAUCGGGCUGGGCACCCGCAUCAACUGCAACAUCUUCUCCUACGACUACUCGGGCUACGGCGUGAGCACGGGCAAGCCCUCGGAGAGGAACCUCUACUCCGACAUUGACGCCGCGUGGCAGGCGCUGCGGACGCGGUACGGGAUCAGCCCCGAGAACAUUAUUUUAUAUGGACAAAGCAUCGGCACAGUGCCCACGGUUGACCUGGCCUCCCGCUACGAGUGCGCUGCCAUCGUGCUCCACUCCCCGCUCACCUCCGGCAUGAGAGUCGCCUUCCCCGAGACCAAGAAGACCUACUGGUUCGAUGCCUUCCCCAACAUCGAGAAGAUCUCCAAAAUCACCUCUCCUGUCCUCAUCAUCCACGGCACGGAGGACGAAGUCAUCGACUUCUCCCAUGGCCUGGCGCUCUUCGAACGCUGCCCCAAGGCCGUGGAGCCGCUGUGGGUGGACGGGGCCGGGCACAAUGACAUUGAACUCUACAGCCAGUACCUCGAGCGCCUUCGGAAGUUCAUCUCCCAGGAGCUGGCCAGCCAACGCAACUAGCGGGGGGUCGGGCAGGGGCUUUCCGCUCAUGUCUCCGCUUCUCCCGGUGUCUCUCCCCGGUCUCUGCUGCUGGAGGUGCAGCGAGUUUGUGCAGCCUCAGCCCCAGGCUCAGCAGAGGGCAGGAGGCCGUGGAGCGACCGGUGCGUUUCCUCUUGGCCAUGGCACAACUGUCCCCCCCAAUCGCGGUGUCGGCCCCGGCGCUGCCGGCACCACCGGCCAGGCUGGCAAGAGAUGGCAGCUCCCUCCUUCCCCCCUCCCCAGAAAGACGAGAGCCCACCCUCUUGAUGGCGAAUCCUUGGCUUCGGACGUGCCCUCGUCCCCUCUCCUAAACCAGCGAAGCCCGGAAUUCCCCCCAGCUGCUCUGACUACAGCAAUAAGGCGAGUUGGAGGGGGCUGGGGGUCCGCCCCGCUCCCCGGCAGCGCUGUGGGGCAGGACAGAGGUGGCGGUUCCUGCUCCGCACGGAGCUUUCCCGGGAGCGGCUCUGGCGGCUGCGGGUGCCUGGUGGUUGUCCCGUGGCUCAGGCAGAGCCGCGUCCCCAAGGGGAGUUUGGGGAUACGCGGAGGAGCUGCCCCCGUCCCACCCCCAGCCCGGCCCUGCUCGGCCUCCUCAGAGCCCCCGUGUUCAGGUCACCCCUGGAAACGUCCUCCGUGCCGCUCGCUCGGGACACGGGGCGAGGAAGCCGAGCACCCAAUAAAGAGCAGCGGUUGAACGUUU